CUAGGGGACAAACACAAGGCCGAGAGGCGGAGCUGUCAAGUGUCCACUGUCCCUGUCCUCCAUCUCUCGCCGGAGAAACCCAAGGCUAGUCACGUUCGGCGCCCGUGGCAAUGGAGAUGAUGAGGUUUCUCGGCGCGUGCUUGCUCGUGUUCCAGGCGGCGGCGGUGCUCGCCGACGACGGUGACAAGCAGGGCGCCGGCCUGCUGGACGCGGGGAGGCUGGAGAAGUUCGUGGACGAGCUGCCGGACAUGCCGGUGCUGCGCGGCUACGGCGUUGGGGAGGGCGGCGUGCUCGUCGCCGGCGAGCUCACCGUCGGCAUGUACGACACCACGUGGAAAUUCCACCGCGAUCUUCCGGCGACGCGGGUGUUCGCCUUUGGCACAAGCAAGGAGACGGCCACCGUGCCAGGUCCGACCAUCUUCGCCACCCGCGGCGUCCCGACGCACAUCAGCUGGACCAACCACCUCCCGCCGCGCCACUUCCUGCCGUGGGACCGCUCCCUCGCCACGGCCCGCCCACGCACCGGCGUCCCCACCGUCGUCCACCUCCACGGCGGCGUGCAGCAGUCCACCUCCGACGGCCACUCCAUGGCCUGGUUCACCUCGGGCUUCUCCUCCACCGGGCCCCACUUCUCGUCCCCGUCUUACUCGUAUCCGAACCAGCAGCCGCCCGGCAACCUCUGGUACCACGACCACGCCAUGGGCCUCACCCGCGUCAACAUCCUCGCCGGCCUCCUCGGCGCCUACCGCGUCUCCGACCCGGCCGCCGAGGCCAGGCUCGGCAUACCGACGGGUGGCGGGGAGUUCGACCGGAACCUCGUGCUGUUCGACCGCGACUUCACGAGGGACGGAGCCUUGUUCAUGAAUGCUACUGGGAACAACCCGACGGUGCACCCGCAGUGGCAGCCGGAGUACUUUGGGUCCGUCGUGGUGGUUAACGGCAAGGCGUGGCCGUUCCUCCGCGUCAGGCGGCGGCGGUACCGGUUCCGCAUCCUCAACGCCAGCAACGCGCGCUUCUUUAAGCUCUCGCUCUCCGGCGGCCUCCGGUUCGUGCACGUGGGGUCGGACUCCGUGUACCUCGCGAAGCCGGUGGUUACCGACGAGUUCCUGCUCGCGCCGUCGGAGAUGGCCGACGUCAUCGUCGACUUUGCCCAGACGGCGAAAACAGCCGAAGCGGUGGUGCUGCGGUCCGACGCGCCGGCGCCGUACCCCGGCGACCCGGGCGAGAAGGCGGACACGGUGGCGGUGAUGAAGUUUGUUGUGGCGAGGAAGCCGGAGCACGACUCGUCCGCCGUGCCCGCGGCGCUGAUGACGCGGUACCCCAAACCGGACGUGCGGGAGGCGGUGCGGACGCGGCGGAUCGCCAUGUACGAGUACACCAAGAACGGCACGGACGAGCCGACGCACCUGUACCUGAACGGGCGGGCGUACACGGACCCGGUGACGGAGACGCCGCGGGAGGGGACCUCGGAGCUGUGGGAGGUGAUCAACCUCACCGACGACAACCACCCGCUGCACGUGCACCUGGCGGUGUUCGCGGCGCUGGAGCAGCGGUCGCUGCGAAGCGUCGACGAGUUCAGGGAGUGCAUGCAGGGGAGUGCAAGCGGAGGCGCCGGCGGCCGGAACGACGCGGAGGCGUGCGGGUUGCGGAGGCACCUCGCCGGGGGGAGGAGGCACGCCGUGCCGAGGCAGGAGCGCGGAUGGAAGAACGUGUUCAAGGUGCGGCCCAGCACGGUGACGACGCUGCUCGUGAGGUUCAGGCCGCUGGAGGAGGGCAGUGGCCGCUUCCCGUUCGACGUCACCGCCGGCCCGGGCUACGUCUACCAUUGCCAUAUUCUGGACCAUGAAGACAACGAGAUGAUGAGGCCGAUGAGGAUUGUGCGUUAGCUCCAUCAAAGUGUGUGUGAAGUAGACUUUAAUUGUGGCUUGCCAGGAUAUUCCAUAGAAAAGUUCAUCCCUUGCUUGAAGUACCUUAACUUUACUAAUAAUCAGUAACAAGGCAGUAGGUUAUGAAUAUUUGUCAGGUAAUAAGUCGCUCUGAUCUUCCAGCUGGUGUAGCAUUUCACUGCUGCAAGGCCUUUCAGUGUC